AUGAUCACAGCUGCUUCUGCGUUGUGCGCUUGAUUUGGGAAAAUGAAGCCUUCGGAGAACACGUCUCGUUGUUUGAAAAGGCUGCUUGUCAGUCUUAUUCGGGAAAGGUGGUUUGAUUUUAAUUUGAGGUGAUUAAUUUCGCAUAUAUAUAUAUUGUUUUUUUUUUUCUCUCUCUCUCUCUUGCUAUCGCUGAUGUGGCUGAAGGGAGAAAAGCGCGCAACUUUUCCUGAUCGGGAAAGGAAUACAUCGUUUCAUCCAAGGGAUCACAAGUAGCGCCGUUGCUCGAGGAAUCGUACGUGUUUCAAGUGGCUCGGAAUACCUUGUUUGCAGUAAUGAGAGGAUUAUGCUUUUGGGGAGUGUUAAGCAGGGUCUGCCUGCUGCUGCUGAUUUUUCCUUGCACUUUGGUGCUAGUAUGCAUUCCUGGAUCUCUGCCUCAUCCACAGCCUUGCCAAAUUUUAAAGAGGAUUGGGCACACUGUAAGAGUAGGAGCAGUACACCUUCAGCCCCGGGUUUUUAACAUAAACAGCAUGGUGGGUGCUAGCGACUCCGAAACUGGCAGACCCCAAGAAGAAGAAGAAGAUGAAGGACAUCCACAGGAGUUUCAAAUUAGCUCUAAAAGUGAAAAUGGACCCGUACUCUUACGCGCUAGGAGUGAAAACCAUCAGGACAAAAAUCAUAUUGGGAUUAAAAAUCAAAUCGGGAAUAACGUUUUAGAAAACGAAUCGCAUGGCUUCUCACCCAGAGAGUCCCUUCUAGUUGCCGUUGAUCAUCUCAACAGAAUGGAGGGUUUAUUACCUUACAACUUGUCGCUGGAGAUUGUAAUGUCAGUGGAAGCGGGGCUCGGGGAGUUGCCUGCCUUUUCUUUUUCUUCCGCUCCUUCAUCAGUAUGCACAGAUCCCGUGUCCUUUCUGGAAAGCGUCUGUCAUACCGUUAUUGUGCAAGGGGUUUCAGCCAUACUGGCUUUCCCGCAGAGCAAGAGCGAGUUUCUGGAGCUGGACUUUAUAUCAACAGUUCUUCAGAUCCCCGUCGUUAGCAUCGUUAAGCGCGAGUUCUUAAGAAAGACUGAGAAUCCACUUCAUCUCCAGAUGCGUCUGCAAAAUCCACCCGUUCCUCAGGCAAACGUUGUUUUCUCCCUACUUACCAUGAACAACUGGUAUGAUGUCAGCAUUGUUUUGUGCCAGGAGUGGGAUAUUUCAGAGUUUUUACUGCUUAUACGAAACCACUCCAAGUUUCAUUUGGGAUCUAUCAUCAACAUCACCAUGAACAACCGCUCCAGCACGGACCUGAACACAUCUGUCCAAUCGCAUUUAGAAUCUUUGAAAGACACCACAUCUGCCGUUGUGACAUACGGCUGUGACAUAAAGGAUAUCAGGAAAAUGUUUCAAGUAGUCACUCGGUACGGCUCCCUGUUGCCGGACUGCCAUUGGAUUUUGGGGGAUUCACAGAACGUGGAUGAACUAAGGACGGAAGGGCUGCCAAUGGGUCUGUUGGCACAUGGUACUACAAGUGAACCUGCUUCGGAACACUUUGUGCAGGAUGCCCUCGAACUAGUGGCACGAGCGGUGGGGACAGCUUCUUACGUACGCCCAGAGCUGGCACUCCUUCCCAGUACUACAAACUGCAUGGACAUCGAAGAAAGAAACAUUACCUCAGGGCAGUACCUUUCCAGAUUCCUAUCCAACACAACCUUUGACGGUGUAAGCGGCUUUAUCAAGGUGAUGAAUGGCUCCUCGGUCAGUUCAGAGAGUCAUUAUUUCAUCUGGAACCUACAGCAUGACCCCAUAGGAAACCCCAUGUGGACGCGCCUUGGCAAUUGGCACAAAGGGAAAGUUGUGAUGGACUAUGGGAUCUGGCCGAACAAGAAACAGCAGCAGAGAGGGGGUGACAGCAGGUAUUCGUCUCAGCUUAACCUCAGGGUCGUAACCCUCGUGGAGCAUCCGUUUGUGUUUACCAGGGAGGUGGAUGAAGAUGGGCUUUGUCCAGCCGGCCAGUUGUGCCUUGACCCUCUCACCAACGACACAUCAGCUUUGGAGAACCUGUUUGAGAACCUUCAGGGAGCUAAUGACACUGUGCCAAUCGAGCUAAAGAAGUGCUGCUAUGGGUAUUGCAUUGAUUUGCUGGAAAAACUGGCAGAAGACAUGGGUUUUCAUUUCAAUCUCUACAUCGUUGGCGAUGGAAAAUACGGUGCCUACAAAAACGGUCGCUGGACGGGACUGGUCGGGGAUCUUAUAAGUGGCGCGGCCCACUUAGCUGUAACAUCUUUCAGCAUAAACUCAGCAAGAAGUCAGAUUAUUGACUUUACCAGCCCGUUUUUUUCCACGAGUCUGGGAAUUCUGGUCAGGACUAGAGAUACUGCUGCCCCCAUCGGUGCCUUUAUGUGGCCUUUACAUUGGAGCAUGUGGCUGGGGAUAUUCGUGUCCUUGCAUGUCACUGCCAUAUUUCUUACACUUUACGAAUGGAAAAGUCCUUUUGGAAUGACCCCGAGGGGUCGUAAUCGGAAGAAGGUGUUUUCAUUCUCCUCGGCCCUCAAUGUGUGCUAUGCCAUUUUGUUUGGCAGGACUGCUGCUAUUAAACCCCCAAAGUGUUGGACCGGGAGAUUUCUAAUGAACUUAUGGGCCAUAUUCUGCUUAUUUUGUUUGUCGACAUAUACGGCUAAUCUGGCUGCCGUGAUGGUUGGAGAAAAAACCUAUGAGGAACUUUCUGGAAUACACGACCCAAAGCUUCAUCACCCUUCACAAGGAUUCCGUUUUGGAACAGUUCGAGAAAGCAGCGCCGAAGACUAUGUCAAGAAAAGCUUUCCAGAAAUGCACGAAUACAUGAGGAGAUACAACGUGCCCGCCACGCCAGAUGGUGUGCAUCAUUUAAAGAAUGACCCACAGAAACUAGACGCCUUCAUCAUGGAUAAAGCCCUUCUGGAUUACGAGGUCUCAAUUGAUGCGGACUGUAAAUUGUUGACAGUGGGAAAGCCGUUCGCUAUUGAAGGCUAUGGAAUUGGACUUCCACAGAAUUCUCCACUGACCUCCAAUAUAUCUGAAUUUAUUAGUCAAUACAAAUCUGAUGGCUUUAUGGACACCCUGCAUGACAAAUGGUACAAGGUGGUGCCGUGUGGAAAAAGGAGUUUUGCGGUAACUCAGACUUUACAGAUGGGGAUCAAGCACUUUUCAGGGCUGUUUGUGAUGUUGUGCAUCGGAGUGGCCCUGUCUCUUCUCACGACCUUAGGAGAGCAUAUUGUCUACAGGCUGGUAAUUCCGAGAAUAAAAAAAAAGUCCAGAUUAAAGUAUUGGCUCCACAUAAGCCAGAGGUUACAUCGGGCAUUGAACUCCACUUUUAAUGAUGACAAAUUCCAGCAGACGGUGAAAAAGCUUGAAAAGAGGUGCAACAUUGGAAAUAACCAGCAAGUGGUUUGGAAAGCUUCGGGCAACUCCAAGUGUAACAGACGCAAGAUUCCCAUUAAGGAGGACCGACACAAUGACUUGGAGUUUAAACUCUACAAGGACAUCCCUCUACCACAGGUGAGGAAGGACAUCUCCGCAUCGGCCACUUCAAACGGCAAGACGGACUCCUUGAGCUUGGCGAGGAACUCAGUGAUUCAGGAAUUGACAGAACUGGAAAAACAAAUCCAGCUUAUUAAACAGGAACUCCAAUUAGCCAUGAGCAGGAAAAACGAACUGGAAGAAUACCAGAGGACAAACAAGAUGACUGAGGCUUAACAGAGCACAUAACGAUGGAUUGCACUUUAAUACAAUAAAAUAAUUUUAAAAAAAGAGAUAGAGAGAACAAAACAUCCCUCCAAAAAAAAAAAACGAGUGGAGAGCAUAGCCCGACACCAAGGACCCCAUCUGGCACCCCUCCGGCUAGUUGUGUCCUUUCCACGGUAUAUUUGCAGCCUGACACACAUUUCUAACACUGUUUUUUUAUUAUUAAUACUGUUAUUAUUACUAUUAUUAUUACUAUUGACUCUGGAAUCUUUAAGUCAUGUGAAUUGAAAUAAAAAGUUCUGUUUAAA